CAACUACUUAAGGGAGCUGGGCCCAGUCUGCAGUUGCGACAGUCCUGGCCAACUCCACGGGGAAUCUGGGAUGGCAGCUUUGGCCAGGGCCCUGUCCUUUCUGCUGCUGGGACUACUGCUCACGUUUUUCCCAGGGUCCCUGGGUGUCAACCCUGGCCUGGUCGCCAGGAUCACAGACAAAGGCCUGGAGUAUGCGGCCAAGGAGGGGCGGGUGGCCCUGCAGACUGAGCUGCACAGAAUUAUGCUGCCCGACUUCACUGGAGACUUCAAGAUCAAACAUGUCGGCCGUGGGUACUACGAAUUCCACAGCCUGGACAUCCGCAGCUGUGAGCUGCUGGGCUCUACGUUGACACCCCUCCCCGGCCAGGGCCUGAGUUUCUCCAUCUCCGACUCCUUUAUCCGGGUCCAGGGCAAGUGGAAGGUGCGCAAGUCAUUUCUGAAACUACAGGGCUCCUUUGACCUUCAGGUCAAGGGCAUCACCAUUUCGGCCAACCUCCUCUUGGGCAGCGAGCCCUCGGGGAAGCCCACGGUCACUGCCUCCAGUUGCAGCAGCCACAUCCGUGACAUAGAGGUGGACAUCUCGGGAGGUUUGGGGUGGCUGCUGAAUCUCUUCCACAACCAAAUUGAGUCCAAAUUCCAAGAAAUAUUGGAGAACAAGAUUUGUGAAAUGCUCCAGAAAUCGGUGACCUCCGACGUACAGAGUUAUCUCCAAACUCUGCCAGUCACCAUAGAGAUCGACAGUUUUGCCAGCAUCGAUUACAGCUUAAUGGAGGCCCCUCGGGCAACGGCCCAAAUGCUGGACGUGAUGUUGAAGGCUGAAAUUUUUAACCAUGAUCACCGCUCCCCAGUUGCCUUCCUUGCUCCAGUCAUGAGCCUUCCUGAGGAACACGACCGAAUGGUCUAUUUUGCCAUCUCUGAUUACGUCUUCAACACAGCCAGCCUAGUAUAUUACAAGGCAGGAUACCUGAACUUGUCCAUCACAGAUGAUAUGGUUCCACACACUUCUACCCUCAGACUGACCACCAAGUCCUUCCGUGCCAUCAUCCCCCAGUUAGCCAGGCAGUACCCCAACAUGAAGAUGGAGCUCCAGGGAGCAGUGAUCUCUGCCCCAUUCCUGAACUUCAGCCCUGGGAAUCUGUCCUUGGCCCCCCAGAUCGAGAUUGAGGCCUUUGUGCUCUUGCCCAGCUCCGUCAGGGAGCCCAUCUUCCGGCUUGGUGUGGCUGUUAAUGUAUCUGCCAUAUUGACCUUCAACACCAGCAUGAUCACUGGGUUCCUGAAGCCAGAAAAGGUACAAAUGGAACUGAAGGAAUCUAAAGUUGGAGUAAUCAAUAUAGAGCUAUUGGAGGCACUGCUCAACUACUACAUUCUCUACUCCUUUUACCCUGAGGUCAAUGAUAAGUUGGCAAAAGGCUUUCCUCUUCCUCUUCUAAAGCAUAUUCAGCUCUACAAUCCUGUGUUACAGAUCCACAAGGACUUCCUGUUCUUGGGCGCCAACAUCCAGUACAUGAGAGUUUGAGGUCAAGGAAAAAGACGGAGCUUGGAGGCCACAGCUGGAUCAGCCAGUUGCGUUUCCAGAUGUGCAGGAUAUUCCCAGAUCUUCUGGGAGGAUGAAGACUUCUGCUCUCAGCUCUGGGGGCGAGGUCUGCAUGGCCCCUUCCCCACACUCCUCCUCUUCUGGAGGUGCACCCACACCUUCUCUGACUCUGGAGUUUUCUUUCAGCUCUAGAACAGACAAUUCUCCCCACUGGCCUGUAUAACCUUUAAGGAUAAGCACCAUCUUUUUUAUUCACCGUCUGACCCUUGUGCCUAGCAGAGUGCUGGCAGAUAGUAUGUGCUCAAUAAAUAUUUAUUGUAUGGUUCAAUGAAUGAGCCACCUGAACCUCCAGCUGAACCUCCCUAUCUCCCACCCUCUUUGUCCUACGGAGUCUUUGGAUGGCCAGCUCCAUCUGUGGUCUCCAAGGUUCCACCCUGACCACACUCCCCCUUUAUCAUCAGGCGCUGCCGUGCAGACCUCCAUGAGAGAAUGAGGAAUUCUGCUCCCCGCCCAACUCUGGGCCUGGUGCUGGUGCCCGCUUUUUAAGGUGCUUGUCCAUCUCAGUUCAGGGACAGUUCAUGGGCAGUUCAUGGGCUCGCUUUGCCAUGCGGCCCCUCCCUCACUUCUUGCCUGCGGGUGGACACCGGAGCCAGUGAGUCUCCCAGUGCAAAAACUCAGCCUCCUGCUGUUUUCCCUAUUGAAAUGGAUGUAAAUUAGGAGGAAAUGGAUGUCUAGGCUUUUGGUCCAACGCAGAUAAAAAGCUUAUCCAACCAUUGUUUAAUAAGAGUCAGGCCUGGAGGAAAAGGCCUUGAUUUCUAAUCACCACACCACCAGCCUUAGAUCACACUUGCUAAAGAGUCGUUUGGAGAUAUACAGUUGGCUCCCCAGGGACUAGAAAUCAGAAGCCUCCGUUUGAUAUUUUUUAUUGUGUUAAUGAGCAGAUGGAUGGAGCUGCCGGCUAAUAGAUAAUUCACAGGGAAUAGACUCACUUACCCGUAUGUAACAGAGAUGCAUUCCAAGACGGGACAAUGUGCAGUCACCCACCUAACAGCAGAAUAAACCUUGGCUUCCCCUCCUCCCUCCUCUUUACUUUUGUUCACUUUUCCACCACCAUCAUCCAUCCCUAUGGUGGCCUGGAGAAGGGCUCAAGGGCAUUGUUCAGUACUAGCCACGUGGCAUUGAGCAGGUCCUUUUCCCCCUCAGGGUCCUCACCUAUUAAAUAAGGAUGAUAGUAAUAGUAGCCACUUCCUACGGCUGUUAUAAUGAUGAUGUUAGGUAAUCCAUGUCGAAGGAUUUAUUUAGCCAUAGUGGGCUUCGAUAUUUAUUGGCUGGACAUGCUUACCUAUUUCCUAUUUGUUGGCAUUGAGCUGCUUGGCAUGGGGGAAGUAGAAGCAGCUCAGACCCAGUUCCAGUUCCAGUGCCUCAGAUACGGUGGAAAGAGUCCAUCUUGAUUCCAACUGACUUGCUUUUGGUUCCUGGCAAGGCAUCACUAAGCCUCAGGGUCCUCAAGUGUCAAAUGUGACUGGGGACCCCUCCUUACAGGGUGACCAGGGACUUGAUGGGUUCACGGCAAGCUUUCAGGGGUACCCAGGGCAUAACCUACUUGAUACAAUUAUCACCUGCCUCACUUUGGGGUCACAGAAGCAGACCCAUAUUUACAUUCUUAGCCCAGGCACCUUCAUUUCUCAGGUCUUCUCCAGAUGCCUCUCUCAAGGAUUCUAUCAGGGAGAGAGGGGGAAACCCUGAGACACUUUCUCCCACCAUGACUCAGUGCUCAAUAGUUUUCUACUCCUAUCCCUCCUCCUUUCUCUCCCCUCUGGCCCAGCAUCCAUAAAACUGCCAGGAGCUUCUGUUUGGGGCUUCCUCACCAGUGACACGACUCCAGAUCCACCUGGUCUGCCGGCAUGCCCUUUAAUAGGGAAAAUGGAACUGAACCAGGCCAUGUGGGGAGAGUCAGUACUUUCUCUGGUUUGAGCUUCUUGCUUAUGCUAUCAGAGUGAGUGACUAAAUGCCUCACUGGUACUUGCAUUUUGGCUUCUCGCUGCUUUAAUCAACUGCUCUGACACUUGGCAACUCAGCUCUCUCUCCAAC